AUGUCCAAAAGGAAGCAGAAGACCUCCAACCCGGAGGUUGAAGUAUGCAUGCUGUGUCGCCGAGCAGAUGUUCACCCGGACGCCUGCGGGCCCAUGCUUGGUGAGAGCGGGCUUUGCGUCCACAAGUUUUGCUUGUUUUUUGCUGACGGCCUUUACGAACACACUGCCGGACAGAGGGCGGUUCUGAAGAUCCCCCUUGAUGCCAUCAGAUGCGCAAUCGAGGAGGCAGAGCAGAAGCACUGCUUCGUUUGUGGAGACAAGGGGGCCUCCAUCUACUGCGCAGAGACAGGCUGUGAACGCAGCUUUCAUCUGCCCUGUGCCACGGAUGGGGAAUGUGUCACGCAGUUCUUUGGGCAGCACAGGUCCUUCUGCUGUGAGCACCGCCCUCAGCAGGCCGUGGAGGCAGCUCCAGAGCAAGACACAAACUGCGUCAUCUGCCUGGAGCCCGUGGGGGACAAAAAGUCCUACCACACCAUGGUGUGCCAGGUGUGCACACAGGCCUGGUUUCACCGGAGCUGCAUCCAGGGACAGGCCAUGAGCGCUGGCAUUCUGCGCUUCCGAUGUCCCGUCUGCAAAGACAGGAUGCAAUUCCGGAAAGAAAUGCAUCUCCUCGGGAUCCAAAUCCCAGCCAGAAGACCAACAUGGGAGGACGAAGAGAGCUAUGAAACUCUGCACAAGAUACACCAGCGCUGUGAUGCCGGCGAGUGCCUUCACACAGGAGGCAGGGAGCGAGAAGAGGGAGACGGGCCCUGGGAGCUGCUCCUGUGCACCUCGUGUGCUGCGCAAGGCACCCACCGGCUCUGCUCCGAUUUGAGCAACAGCCUGAGCAGCUGGGAGUGUGACAGCUGUGCUGGCGUGGGCACAGCCUCCAGUGCUGAGUCGCAGCUUGCUGGUCCCAGCACUGCCAGCCAGGAGGCGCCGGGACCAUCUCAUAGCUCCCCAGCACCUGAUGACCGCAGAUCUGCCUCUACCAGCCAGGCAGCAUUGGAGUCAUCUCCGAGUUCCCAGCUGCCUAAGCGCAGCAGCCUGUCCAGCCAGCCCAAGACAGGACAGAGGAAAAGCCCGCGACCCAGCUCAGAAGACCAGCUGGCAGCAGACGCUCUCCAGCCUCAGGCGCUGGGAGGAGCAUACACAUUUCUGCCAGGCAGGGGGCAUCCAACAAUUCCCCGGGGGCUGCAAACAUCAGAUGCCCAAGACAGAGACAAAACCAGUCCUCCCUACAAGGUCCGGCAUCAAAUCCCUCGAGCCAGCCCCAAGGACGCCGUGGCAGCAGAAUUAGCCCGGCCCCAGGUGCUGGGAGCAGCACCCAGAGCUCUGCCGGACAGGUGGCAUCGAGGACCUCCAGGGAUUCCCAGCUGCCUGAACGCAGAAGACGUUCCAGUGUUCUGCAGCGAGGGCAGAACCAAGAUCGAAGCCGUUCCCCACGGGAUCGUCGGCCUUCCAAUUCCCAAAGACAGUCGGGAGGAAGCCUCAGCCCCCGUUCCAGGAAGAGGCGGCCAUCUCAGGCACGACGCCACUCCCGGGACCAGCCCUGAAGAUCCUGCAGGAGCAGCCAUGGACCAGAGGGAAGAAAAAGAAGCGUUAAUGGCUUACGAGCUGGUGUGGCACGGCCCCGUGACUAUAGAGGCAACGGACUCGUGGGCCCCAGGAGAAGCAUACGGAGAUUGCAGACGGGUCUACAAAAACUGCAAAGCAGCGGCAACCAUCUGA